GAAGUGCAGUAGUUUGUGAGACGCAAGAUGGCGGCGCGGCCGUGAGCGGAGGAGGCGGGCGGGCGGCGCGGGCUGAGGCGGUGCGGCGGCGGCAGGUUAAUGGCCGGCGUGCCCUGUCUGACUGUGCUCCGGGUAUGAGGUCACCGAUCCACGACUGCCAGGAUGCUGUCAGCAACUUGCAAACAAGCGAUGCCCUUGUCAGUACAGUACCAUUUCCCCUUCUCUUGUAUUCAGCAUCUCCUCACCAGGCAGCAGUGUCAGUCCCAGUGUUCAGUUCUGUGUCUUUCUGGGAGGUGCUUCACAAGGUCCACUGAUAACUUUCUCAUGUCCUGCGAAGCACGGGGACCUGGAACAUAUUGCGUAGAACGGGAUCUCUUCUAACCAGCCUUGGAAGUCUGUCUGAACAGAGCCAAUGUCUGCUGUCCUCGCGUGUGGGGAGAUGUGUGACACUGUUAUCCUUCAGUGCUUUGAGAUUGCAGUAACUGUUAUAAAGUUCAGUAGAAUUCAGUGUAAGAAUACAUUCUUUAGGAAUGCAGAUGCAGGGUGCAUCAUUUGUUUUGUUGUUGCCUUGUUGUGGUAUGGAAAGGGCAGCAUCACACUCAAGCACUGAAACGAGGGGGACCAUUGACCACUGAAGGAGCAGCAGGUGUGGCUGGAUGGGAAAACACUGGAGGGAAAACCGGUGAAGAGCUUCGAAGCUGUUGCUACUUUUUGCUCUCCUUAAGUGAUGUUGAAGAUCGUGGAGCGAUGAUUUUGUAACGAUGCAAAAAAAAAAAAAAAACCCUUUGGAAGUUUGAACUCCGCUGUGCCUCACAUGCCUAAAAGAGCUCAGUGUGUUCUACUGCCAAAGAACAGGCUUCAAACUGUGUCUGGAUCCAUUCAGUAAAGUCGUUUGGUAUUUUAGGUUCACGUUGUGCGACUUGGCCCUCCCCUGUGGCAUUUUGUAAUCGGCUGCUCACCUUUCUUAUUCACCGAUCCCAGCGGGGGAUGAAGGAACUUAAUGUGGGGCCGGAGGGACCGCAACUGAAGCUGGUCCCCAGCAGCCCUGAAGGCUGACAGCUUUGUUUUAGCAGCCGCAGACGGAGCUGUGCAAUGAGGCGUGUGUAACACCAGCCCUCGCUUUCUGGCAAAGCCAGCACCGUUCUGUGCACAGCCUGAGUGCCAAAUCCACCCCACAGGCAGAAGGACAGAAUGGAGCUUUUGAACUUUCCAGUGGUUAUGGUGAAAGCUCCACGUGUUCCACGCUCUGAAUCUUCAGGGCAUCUUAAGAACCAUGUACAUUGGGCCAGAAAGAGCUGCCAGCUCGUAAUGCGUGUUGUGUGUUAGGCACACGUGGUAUAGGUGUUAGGGCAUGAUUUCUUCCUUAUAGGUUUGAGGUGUUAUUAUUCUGCUGUUGGCUUACCUUACAAGAGUGCUAAGAACUUCAGAGGCAAAUGUGUAUUUGUGUAGUCCCAGGCUGUCUUGGUGGAGAUGUCUAUGCUUGGCUUUCCUAUACAUUGAGGUACAUGAGCCUAAGCAGGUCAUGAUACUUAUGCGACUGUGUUCCUCCCUGUGUUACAGAGAAGAACAUGCUUUGUUCGUCAACAUGCCAUUGAAUUUAAAACUCUCCUAACGAAGCUGUGCAUGAGUGUCGGGCUCCGUUUUGCUCAGUGGGACAAAACGAGAUGUAGGAAUGUCGUAGGUCAUCAGAAGAGUGAAGGGGAAGCACUUGGAAGGAGUCAGGCAGGAACAGUUAUUAGUACGUGGGGGUUAAGCCUCCAUUACAGCUGUGUGCUUCUCCAAAAAGUCACCAUUCCUAGUUAUCUUCAGACUACUUUCAAAAUAGGAAAAUGCUGCUUUUUUGUAUAUAGGUCAGCUGCCAUCAGCAACAUCUGCAGGAGCUGAGGGUGCUGCGCAGAUCGGAGUUGUAUCAGCAGUUCAGCUCUUGGCAACAGUUGCAAAGUGAGCUUGGAUGAAGCAAGCAUGAAAAUGCAGGGGUUUCUGUUUCUCAGCAGGAUUCCCAGCAAGAUGAAACACAUUUGUAGCUUGGGUGGUGGAAUUCUUGGAGCAUUCAGCACCGCACUGCAUCCAGCCUGGCUGUGUUGGAAACUUAGGGCUCCCUCCCACGAGGUUCUUUGUGAGGAUGGGGACUGAGGAAGGCUCUCUGCACGAGGUCAGUGCUGGGGGCACCGGGAGGAACUGGUGCCCAUGCCAGAUACCUGCUGGCGUUGGAGGCAUCUGUGUACGUACGAUACAAACCCACACAACUUUACUCCUUCCAUCUGACGAAUGUUUUACAAAUUUUACUUCUUAACGUGGUUUAUUUAAACUUGCUGGAGGAGGCUGUGGGUGAGCAGAGAACUAAUGUUUUUGAUUUUAUGAACAGAAAUGAUUUAUGAUUUUUGGAAGGAGGCUUUUUUCUUCUUUCUUUUUUCUUUUUCUUUUUUUUUUUCUUUGAUAAAAGGUGAUUUCAACUUUGGGUGUUUCAGUCUACAAUCCUCAAACAGGCGUUUUAGCAUUUUAGAUCUGGUUCUUGUCAGGUGGUUUUUUGUUUUUUUGUCUUUUUUUUAAUUCUCUAGUUCUUGAAUUCUGCCAGGAGGAAAAAAAAAAGGGCCUGCUAAUAUUAGUUGUUUGUUUCCUUUUGAGGGAAGGAUUGGAAAGGUGAGAAGCGAGUAAUACUGAAGUAAAACAAAUUCACUCCCUGCACAUGUACUGAGGAAAUAGAUGUGUGUGUACAUCCUUAGAAAUACAUAUCUAAUUUUAAUCUUGAAAUAUAGAGAGGGAGAAGCUUUCUCUUUCAGCAUGCACUGAAAUUUGACUUCAGAAUGCUUUAAAGCUUUCCAGUACGUUCAUAUUUGUGGGGCUGAUGACAGAGCAAAUGAUCAUACCCUGUGAUCACACGUGCUUACUGACCGAGAGCAGCCAGCACUCCCGGUGCGCUUUAGGCCAUGCACGUAUGGGCACGAGCUAGUUUUGAGAGCAAAAUGUCAGCCUGUUCCCUUAUUUAUAAGACUGAGUAACCCAUUUCUGGACCUGAUCCUCAUGAAGUGGCUGUGUGCGGGCUGUCCGGACUGUGCCCUUGUCAGCAGGCUGGGCUCGGGCCUGGCAGCCGGCUCCUGAGGGAGGUUGGGCCCGGCGCCUGCUGACACCAGGGCAGCAACUCUGCACUGCUCUGCGUGGAAAGAUUCGCUCAUUUCCACCCAAAGCGGUGAAAUAAAAACGGUCAGCCAUUUCAUUUCGAAGUACCCUGCCCUCCUAAACAAACGUCAGAAGGAAAAUGUAGGUUUUGGCCUGUGGGUAUCCCAGUAAUUUCCACUGAUUAAGUUGAUGCUUGUAAUUGGGACCUAGACAGGCCAUGUUUUGCAGAACACGAAGUAUCUUUGUUUUUUGAUUUCAGUAGAGGAAGUCACAAGAUUUCCACAGUCCCUUUGAUAUUUUAUUUAACCCGAUAACUGCUUGGGAAGGCAGGAGCCUGUUUGGUUUACCUUUGUCCUAGAUUCAGUUUUAAUAUCUAAUGCAUAAACGAAAGGGGUGAUCUUUAUUCGUAAUGAUUCACGCUGCCUCAAAGCACCGUGGUUUCGAGUUGUGCUGCCUUUCCCACUGGGGGAUGCAAACAAAAGAACAAUAAUUUCAGACUCCUCCUUCAGUUUCCAAGAGAACCUUAGCUGCUCAGGGAUAGCUCUGAAUUUUAAAAGCAUUUUUCUUCCAAAUUAUGUAUUGAUUGCACAUAAAAUAGCGGUGCUGUAAUGUGCAAUUUAAAACAAAUGCAUGAUGGCGCUCAUUUGCUUUUAAUGCUGCUUUUUUUUUUCCAGCAGAAAACAAAAAGGGGAUUCUGUUCCCAUAAACCAGUCUUGCAAAACCCUUACAAACAUUUAUUAGUCUAGACACAAAAUAUUCUCACCCAGCCUCAGCCUGACGAUGGCAAAAAGAAACCGACAAGCUAAUAUUGUACUUUGCUGUCCAGAAAAAAUAAAAAAAGAAGGGGGUGCUGGGGGUGAAGGGUGGGAAUGUUGCCCCAGGCCACCGAACCAGUAACGUUUUGCUGGGGCUGCCUACAACAACAGAUGCGUUUGAUUCCCGUGGGUUUUCCAGGCCUGCCUAUUCUCUUAUGCUAAACUUGGACACUCUCAUAAACAUUCUCUCUGAGCACCACACCCUGGUCCUUAUCCUGGACUCUUUUGAGUUGGUUGAUUUAAUAAUGACACCAGACAUGUUCGUCUUGCCUCUCUUUACCCGUUUUUCUGUUCCGCUUCUUGCCCUGGAAAUGACUUAGCAAAUGCAUUCAUUCAAAAACAUUUAAAAUCCAUGGGAAUUGCAAUAACUGGUCAAAAUGAAAAUGGUUUAAUAUGGGAGAUUUGACCGCAGUUUAAAUCUGAGCGUUGUAUGGAACGCUGUAUGGAGCGUUGACCUAAAUGCUCUAUUUUAGUUUUGAACUGCAUUCUUACUGUUGAUAUCUUUCAUACAUAGCAGGUGCUUCUCAUUGUUUGGAUUCAUGGUUGUUUGCAGACUUUUGCUUAGAGGGCUAAAUUCUAUAUAUACAGUGUUGUUUUAUCAGGCCUUUACCUCAGCAUUCAGUUACUCACAUUAUUAAUUUUUGCAUCUCAUCAUUUUCUCAGAAAACAGUGAGUUACACAUACCUUGUUUUUCAGAUGAUGAUUAGCUCCUGUCACUCCCAAUUUAUGCCAGACUGCAUUUGGUUGGAAAUUAAAAUUUAAUUGAAAAUUUGCCUAAGCAGCAUAAUGUGUCUGUAUUAUUAAUUAGCUGCUGUAAAUAUGAAGAAUAUACAAUAUGUGAUUAUUGAAGCUUUUUAAAACCCAUAAAGGAGUCAAAAUACAAUACUUAGGUGUACUUAGUAGAUUACGUUGAUUGUUACGGUGAUGACAUAUCCACGUAGGUUCAGGUUUUAGCCCCAGUGGAGCUCAUGCUCAGAUCUGAACUGGAGAUCUUGUAUAGAAAAUAAAACGUCCUGCUUUUUCAGCUCUGAGGGAGUGGAAACUUCUCUUGUCAUUCAAAAAUGAGUUCUAUCUUCACUCAGUGCAACUGUCUUCAAAGUGAAUGGCUUUGCAUACAGUUAGUGGUUGACUGCCACUGAUUCCAUGUUUUCACCAAGAAUUUCCAACUGGCAUCUGAAAAGAAAAAGAUAUAUAUAUUAACCAAAUUGGUUUUUCUCCAUUUUUUUAAAUUCCACUAAUAAAAAUGGAUCUGUUUAUAGUCAGAACAGUACUUCAGCCAGUGAUCAGUGCACUUAAAGGUGGAUGACUGCUGUAAUGUUGAUAAACCAGGUGUUACUUAUGAGGGAAUGUGUUCAGUGUAUUCGUAAAACAUUAACAUAAAUUAACAAACUGUUUCUAAUUAACUGAAUUUGAUUUUCCUCCUCUAAAUAAAAGCAUGCUUAAAUGUAGUACUGAUUGUUCUCUUCCUGCUUGGCCCCCAAUGCUAACCUCCGUGGCAUGCAAUUUUUUGAGGUUUUCUCUUGCUUUUAAGUUUGUUUUUCUUAGCACAUAUGGUAUUUUAAAUAAAAUUCUGCUGUCAAUUCUCAUUUAAAUCAGCCAGAACAUUAUUUUGACCCUAGGACAUCUGUGCAGCCUUAAAUUACCUAUAUAUUUUAAAACAAAACUAAUCCGAUUUUAUGUUUAAACUUAAUGUAAAAGCCCUGCAGCUCUUCAUUUGAAGCACAGUGUUUUAUUUAACUGCAUACUUUUCACUUAAGUCCCGUUGUCCUAAUUUUCCGUGAUUAUACCGGUACAUGGCAGACAAAAGGUGAAAUAAAGUAGCCUGUUUCUUUAAUCCACUUUUUCUCUUCCCUGCCAGGACACCUGGGCUCCUUCUGCCAGAGUAGCUCACAUCACUGACAGCUCCGGGAUAACAGGAAAAGGUGCAGCCCCUGUUCUACCUAUGGCAGCGUCUCCUGGACUGGAGGUGGUGGAUGUGGACUUUAAAACAGUCUCAACAUUUCAUCCUCAACUGUCUCUUUUUAAUCUGAUUGCACUACAAAAGAAAAGCUGCUAAUGGGAUAAAUGUUGAGACGUUACAAGAACUGACUUGAAGUACCAAAAGCCAUUAUUAUUAAUCAAGAAGAGCUUGAAGCUAAGUCUGUAUCUGACCAGUCAGUAUCACUUUCACCUAACAGGCAUGGCAAGUAAACGAAAAUCAACAACACCGUGCAUGGUCUUAGCCAACGAGCAAGAUCCAGAUCUAGAGAUGGUAUCAGACUUGGAGGAAGGGCCACCUGUAAUCACGCCGGCAGAUAAUAAUCCUGCAGCAGAGAGCAUAGCAAGCGAAGAGGAUGUCCACGAGAAUGUGGAUUCAGACAAUCAGAAAAAUACAAAUAAAGUAGAAGGUGGUUAUGAGUGUAAAUACUGUACUUUUCAGACUCCAGAUCUCAAUAUGUUUACUUUUCAUGUGGAUUCAGAACAUCCCAAUGUAGUGUUAAAUUCAUCCUAUGUUUGUGUAGAAUGCAAUUUUCUUACCAAAAGAUACGAUGCUCUCUCAGAACAUAAUUUGAAGUACCACCCUGGAGAGGAGAAUUUUAAGUUGACCAUGGUGAAACGUAAUAAUCAGACAAUCUUUGAACAAACAGUAAAUGAUCUCACUUUUGAUGGGAGUUUUGUUAGAGAAGAAAAUGCUGAACAGGCUGACCCUUCUGAGGCCCCCUCCGCGGGGAUCUCCAUUAGCAAAACUCCUAUUAUGAAAAUGAUGAAAAACAAAACCGAGACUAAACGCAUCGCUGUUUUCCACAAUGUAGUUGAUGACAUUCCUGGUGAAGAGAAGGGAAAGGAAAAUGAGCCAAGCUCUGAAGAAGUAGUAGAAAACCCACCACCGGCAGUUUCUGAGUCCAAAGCGAGCCAUUCGGUUGUUUGCAGUGCAGCCGAUGUAGGUAGUACGGUUGUGACCCCAGUGAUUCAGCCUGGAGUGGCACAGGUUAUAACAGCUGUUACAGCUCCACAGAACUCAAACCUGAUCCCCAAAGUCCUGAUACCUGUAAACAGCAUUCCAACCUAUAAUACUGCUUUGGACAACAAUCCUCUUUUGCUCAACACCUAUAACAAAUUCCCAUAUCCAACCAUGUCGGAGAUCACUGUUCUUUCCACUCAAGCUAAGUACACAGAGGAACAGAUUAAAAUCUGGUUUUCUGCACAACGUCUGAAACAUGGUGUGAGCUGGACACCAGAGGAAGUGGAGGAAGCAAGGAGGAAGCAAUUUAACGGCACAGUGCAUACUGUGCCACAGACAAUUACCGUUAUUCCAGCACACAUUUCCGCUGCCAGCAGUGGUUUACCUUCAAUUUUACAGACAUGCCAAAUAGUUGGUCAGCCAGGACUUGUUCUCACUCAAGUCGCAGGUACAAAUACGUUACCAGUAACAGCCCCAAUAGCUUUGACUGUAGCAGGAGUCCCAAACCAAACCCAGUUACAGAAGAGUCAGAUUCACACUGCUCAGCCUAUUGCAGAAACCAAACAAGUCGCUGCCGUUCCAGCCCCUCAGCCUAUCAAAAAUGAAACUGCACUAAUGAAUCCCGAUACCUUUGGCAUGCGAGCAAAAAAAACAAAGGAGCAACUGGCAGAAUUAAAGGUCAGCUACCUUAAAAAUCAGUUUCCUCAGGAUUCCGAAAUUAGUAGACUUAUGAAAAUAACAGGCCUGACAAAGGGAGAGAUCAAAAAGUGGUUCAGCGAUACACGCUACAAUCAGAGAAACUCAAAGAAUAACCAUGGGAUUCAUCUCAACAGUGACUCAUGUGCCACCAUCAUUAUUGAUUCAAGUGACGAAAUGAAUGAGUCCCCAACAGGAGUUGUUCCACAGAACAAGUCGUCCUGGAGUGCAUUUCCUGACUUCACCCCACAGAAGUUCAAAGAGAAGACUGCUGAGCAGUUGCAAGUCCUCCAAGCAAGCUUUCUUAAUAAUCCUAUCCUUACUGAUGAAGAGAUGAACAGGUUAAGAGCCCAAACCAAACUUACCAGGAGAGAGAUUGAUGCCUGGUUUACAGAAAGAAGGAAAUCUAAUGUCUUAAAGGAGGAGGGGACUGAGAUGAAUGAGAGCAAUGCCAGCAGCUCAAAAGAAGAAGCUGGAGAAACAUCUGCGGGAGAUGGAGCAGCAGGGUCAAAAUCAGGGGGCUCUGGUUCAAGCAAAAUAGGCAAAAAAUCACCAGAGCAGUUGCACAUGCUUAAAAGUUCCUUUGUCCGUACUCAGUGGCCAUCUCCACAAGAAUACAACAAGCUGGCAGAAGAAACGGGGCUCCCAAGAUCAGAAAUUGUGAGUUGGUUUGGAGAUACUCGCUAUGCCUGGAAAAAUGGGGGAUUGAAGUGGUAUUAUUAUUACCAGAGUGCCAAUGCAAACAGUCUGAAUGGCCAAGGCUUUGCAAGGAGGAGAGGGAGAGGAAGACCAAAGGGACGGGGAAGAGGGAGGCCUCGAGGGAGGCCUCGGGGAAGCAAGAGGUUAAAUUGCUGGGACCGAGGUGUGUCUGUCAUAAAAUUCAAAACUGGAACAGCAAUCCUGAAGGACUACUAUAUGAAGCACAAAUUCCUUAAUGAGCAAGACCUUGAUGAACUUGUAGCUAAAUCUCACAUGGGGUAUGAGCAGGUCAGAGAGUGGUUUGCAGAAAGGCAAAGAAGAUUAGAACUCGGAAUAGAGCUAUUUGAGGAGAAUGAGGAGGAAGAUGAAAUGCUGGAAGAACAGGAAGAUGAAGAGGAAACGGAUGAUAGUGAUACUUGGGAACCCCCACGACAUGUUAAGCGUAAACUUUCAAAAUCAGAUUGAUGUGCGGUUUGGAAUCUGGGAGCCAAAAACCUGUGAAUUAGGUUUGAUGUUAUGGUGAAGAGCCAAACAAUUUUUCACGGCCUUCAGCUUCAGCAAGCACCUGCUUAGCAUCUUCGUUGCAUCUGAGGGAACGUGGGCAAGAUGCUGUCUGUGCAGGCAACAGAUACUUGCUUCCUUGCUACCAGAGAUGGACGUCCUCGGGCCUAGCUGAGCAUGUGGGGUUAUAAAUCAGCGCCAGUUCAGCUCCUUCUCUUCCACGUGACCAGUGGGAAGGUUCAUCAUUCACAUGACUGCUUCUCAAUAUUUAAUUGCCUUAUGUUGUUUAAUUCCAAAAAACAAACAAACCACAGACACAUUUUUUGUUGUUGUAGGAGAACAUUACCUGCUCGCAAAGGAGGAAAAUGCAAAAACCUAAGAUGUCUUUUUGCAAACAUCACUUCACCUGAAAGGUUUCAAGGCCUGGGUUUAUUUCUUAAGGAAAGAAUUCAAAAGAGAAGGGGAAAAGUGUGACAAAGGAAUCAAUGAACAUAGGGGUGAGGAUUGCUUGGUUUAAGAAAAUGAGGUGAUAUUGGCACCUUUUGCGUAUCUUCAGAGUGUUUUGGGUUUACAGAACUUGUGUUGAAAUGUUUCUUACUGAUAAUUAUGAGCUAACUGAAUGAGUUUACUGCUAGAAAAUGCUUUUUGUUCAAUUUAAUCAGUGUAUCUUACAUCAAUUUAAUUUAAAUGCCUGGCAGACUUGAUGCAGUUGAUAGUAACAUUCAUUUUUAGCUUGUGCAUUCUUUACUUUUUUGGAAAAUGGUUAGAAACUAUGUGUAUUUCUAACAAACAUGAAUCAUUUCUUGAAAUCUUACACUGUAUUUUAAGGUAAACAUGAGGUGGAAACUGCCUAAAAGUCAUUCAGCAUUGCUUAGGGUUUUGUAUGAAUACACAGAUACAGAGAUGAAAAGUGUCUUCAGGUGCUAGCAAGAAAGGUUUUCAAGUAUGCGGUGGCAGUGACCUGCUUUUUAAUUUUCAAACAAAAUGAAGUUAUAUGCCUUUUAGGUGCUUAAAAAUGAUAAACAAACCAGUGUUUAACUGUUUGUUAGCGAUAGCCCAAUUGAAUGUUUUGCGUGCAAGUUUAACCUAAAAUUCAUCCUACUGAAUUGAGCUCACCGAUACGCUGGCUGUUCUUAGGGCUGCUGGGUGAACACUUAUUUGUAGAGAUGGUUUCAUCUACCUGAACUGAACUCCAGAAGUAGUCUAAUCUGAUAGGGAACAUCUGCAUCUUGAGUAAGUGCUCAUAUGUGUAUAUAAAAUGGCUUUUUAUAUAUAUAUAAAAAGCCAUUCAGUCUCAAGGUAAUGAAAUGGUAGCAUAACCAACUAAAAAAUAAUGGGCCAAAUUAAUGAAAGCUAGGUUAUGCAGAUAUCUGACAGAGAAAACUGGUCCUCCAAGAAGAGUUGUUUGUGUUCUGGCUACUAUCAGUCUGUAUUUUUUAGGGAUGAGUUAUAUUUAGACGUCGAAAAUGGAUGAUGAGUUGGUGCUGCUGUCACCAGCAGUCUGCUCUACAUGGGCACUAACAGGAACUAUCUUAGCAAUCUCCCUUUAUACCUCUGCCAACAUCUUCUCUGAGGCAUUUGCAUCUGUUGACUUACAAGAGAGAUUAGCGUGGAGAAAAUGUGUCCUAAUACUUCCACAUCUCCAAUAAUUACUCUUUCUUCCUUACUGUGAUAACUGACUGUCCAGAGACCAAGGAAAUGCUUUCCGUGAUGAUUUUCCGAAGCAGAGGAGUUCAUGUUAGAUCUGUUUUUCAUGUCAGAUUGUGAGUGAAGCCUGGGUGAAAAAAAGAAAGGGAAUAAUGUCUGACAAAAAAGAAAAAAAAGUGUUGCUAACCUACCUGACUCACCUUCCUCCCUGGACAUGUGUAGCUGCCUUUCUGCUCUCUGAUUGAAUGGGCUGCCUGAAUUGCAAGAUGAUGUUCUGCUUGAAAGCCUUUUUCUGACCUUCUGAGAUUGCUAGAAAUACUGAUGUGUGUGACACGGUUUUGGUUAUCAAACUGUUUCCUGGCAUCCAAGACUCAGGUCAGUGAAACCAAGGCACAAAGCAGCCAGCAGUGUGAUGCCUUUAUCUCUUGAUGCUUAUCACUGUGAGGACAAGCCUAGAAUCCCUCAGCUUGACUUUAGGGUGGGAGAGAAGCAGAACUCUGUUGGCAGUCUUUCUCUGAAGUGCAGUGACUCUGAGUGCAAGAUGGUGUAAGAGAGAUCAGGAUCUGGGCUUUCCAGUAUGAACUGCUUGCUACAGGUGACUGGGAAGUAGGGAAAGAGAUGCUGUUUUUAAAUUUAUGAAAAAAAUAAGGCAAAUCCUUAAACUGCUUGGGAAUAUGCCUUUAGCAAGCAAAAUCUGGAAUUGCCUUAAAUCUAAGGAGAAGCCAGAAUUAAUUUUCUUUCCCUCCAGAAAGACCCAAGAAACCUGUCUAAACAUCUCCAUUUUUGUUAGCAGAGUCUUAAUGUAGGUUAUUGCAACAUUGAACCUUCUUUAGAAAAUGGGAAAAAUAAGGACCCAAGUUAAUUGUAUGAUUAAACUGGGAAAUUUUCCAUUCUGGCAGUGUUCUGUUCAAUAACACUCAACUAUAAUGGUAGGCCUUAGCACAUCUGAUCUGAAAAACACAGGAAGAGGAAAUGCGUUGUUUAUCUGACUAAAUAUAGUUGGAUUGGAUGUCUUCUUUCCAUAAAAUGGUCAGAGAGGAUGGCUGAUAUAUAUUGGUGUGGAUUUUCAAGUGCUAUAAACAAUAUAGUUCCUUGUAUUCCAGUAGUUUUAACAGUAUUUGCAGCCCAUUGAGAUCCCAUUGCGGAAUACAAAUCUGAAUUAAACGAGCUUUGGGUUGGAUAAUGAGAGAUGCAGGGUACUCAUAUUUCCUCUAGACUAGAUGCACAUUGUAAGCCUUUCAGUUGUGCUAAGGGUGAGAAGAAUCUGGGUGAGUUCAGACCUGAAAAUAUCAGUUGAAUGCACUUACUAUUACUUAUAAUCUGUUUUGUUUUAAAAGAAGAAUCCAUUAAUUACCAGUUUAUUUCAUGUUUACAGCAUGUAUGUAUUUGCACUGUGUACUGUGGGAGAGAGGGAAACACCUUCCAGAGGCCUCCUGCAUCAGAAAUGACAAGAAAAGCACUGGAAAGAGCUGUCAGCGUGCUGGUGGCUGACAGGCCGAACUGCUUUGUCUGUAACUUGUGGUCGUGGCUGGUUGGAGCUCAAAACUGCUGGUAACUGUGGUUAGUCCAGAUUCAUCUCAUCUCAUAUUAGGCUGCUGUGCUCCUUACCAUGGUGCCCAAGGCACACUGCAUAGUCUGAGAGAAACAGAAAUUGUUGAGGGGAUACAGCACAUUCUCAUUCUCUCCCUGGAUUGACAUGAGCGUCAGUUCCUCUGGAGCUAAAGUUGAGCUUUCUGUUUCAUCUGCUGUCUCUGCCAAGAGUACCUGAUGUUAUGAGGCUAGUUAAUGCUGUCUCUGGAAUACAGUUAACUGAGGGUGAAGGUAAUCCUUUGCUAGAAUUGAGAGGGAGAAGGGCUAAAAGCAAGCAAGCAGCGUCACAACUGGUGAGCCAUCCACUGUCCCUCACCACGGUGCUUCAUAGCAUGUUCUCUUGCUUCUGAGUACACUGGAGAGCACGGUUCUAAGUACUGCUGGCUUCCCAGUGUCACCCUCUUAAUAACCCCAAGAUCGGUGUGAGUUAUAAAAAGAAAGUCCGUUACUCCCCCUUGCUUUGAAUGAACUAGGGGAGUGCUUGUGUGGUGUGCAAAGAAGGGAAAAUGCAGAAUCUUGAAGAGACUGCCUGCUGCUUGCCCUGCAGAAUUUGCUUACCUAGAACCCGAUGAGCAAAAGAAAUGUUACUCUUGCUGUUCUGACAGAACAAGCGUUGCAGUCUCUCGUGUUUAGCAUGUAGAAAUCUCUGCUUUGAUUGGAAAGCAAAAGAAAGAUAUCUAGCACCUCGUGAUUAGAAUGUACCGGAUUAUCUCUAAUACACCUUAGUAAAUUAGGCCACUCCAUUUUUCAGCUUUGUCCAGUAAUGAUUUUAAAACAUUUCUUUUUUCCCCACAGCAUUACAUGCAGUAUUGUUUCUGUCUGUAACUGUGAAGGAAACUCAUGCAGAAUCCACACAUGGCAUGAAAUAAUUUUUCUAAUGCAUGACUUGCUGACUGUGGGCAAAAGCCUAUUUUCUUCCUGCUCACCGAGGAACCGAAGCAGGCAAAUACACUCCCUUCUCCUCUGCAGAGCAGAGAAAGGAUUUCUGAAGCCCAUGCAAAGUGAUUCACAGCGAGAUGCAGUCCUAAAGGCCAGAAAGCCCCAGCAUGCAGACAUUCUCCUCCUCCUUCUCUAUUUUCCUCUGAAAUGAGAGCACAGCAGUAACUCUGACAACUGGUCUCUGGCUGCUGAGUAAUAAGCUGUAGUUUAAGGUCAGGAGUAUUUUCCCUUUUGCACUUAAUGGAGUACUGUGUAUUCGAAUUGGAUCUCAGUGUUUGCUUUUGUAGAUACGGUGGUCCCGAUUUGCAUCCUCCACCACUUCCUCCUCUCUGUCUAUAUUCAUAUCUCCCAAGGAGAGAAGAUAAUUGUUAAGAUUCUGUAAUGUUAAAUAUCUCUGCCCUUACCUAAAUACACACACAUGUAGAGCGCAAUGAAAUAUAGUUACUUUCUUUAAUUUAUUAUUUAUUGGAAGAUAAUUUUGCCUGCAUUUCGUAGUAAUGAAAAUAUAGUAUUGAUGAAAGAACAGUAAAACUGUUGAGAGGUAUUCACAGUGCCUGGGAUGAUCGUAUAAAUUACAGAUGGGAAGGGCUCAGUUCCGUGCCCUGAGCAGUGCUGCGUUAUGCUUGCAUUCUCCAUCAGGCUUUUGAUAUCCCAGGGCUGAGUACGUGUGGUAUGUGGCAUGACACAAACUUGUUGGGUCAAGUGACUUAAGGUUUGUGAUGUAUUAAAAUUAGGUAGGAAAUGAAAGCUGUAGCAGAAGGUGAACAUUUCAAUAACUGUACGUGCUCAGUAGCUUGAAUUUCUGUAUUGUUAUUUCACCGUUGAAAAGGGAGGUAUUGAAGCACAGGCGGGUUGUAGACGGUAUUUUCAAGUUUAGCAGUCUGAGCUUUUGGGUUUUUUUCCUUCUGCGGUGAAGAGCAUCUGCAUUUUUUCAGUGGAUACUCAUUUGAAAAAUGACUUAAUGCAGCAUUUAAAAUGUUGAAUGGUAACUGAGGAUUCCACGGCACUUUUCAUGAAUUAAGGUGGAAUUCAUCUGAUUGUAUGUUGAUGUCUGCAUUUGAGCAAGACACUGCAGUAGCUGACCAGUACAGCUAACGAGUGCAUGUCAGCAGCUCAUCCUAACCGCCUGCAGUCUAUCAGACGAGCUGCACCCUGAACUCCACUGACUGUUACAAGUGGCUUGCAGACACUGGAGUUAGGGCCAUCUGAAGUUAGGUGAGAUGAAGCCUCACCUUGGAGCGUGCUGGCUGGCUGGCAGCACUAGGCGUUGUGUCCCAUUAGGCUUUCCUUGUGGUUAGCCAUGGUACUGUCCUCCACUCCCCACCUGGCACUCACUGGGAGGUGUGAGGCCUUGGUUUGGUUUGGUUUUGGUUUUGAUAGUUAUUCUAGAGCAGGUGGCACUACAGUGGUGGAUAAAGUAACUGAUCCUUGGUUAUAGAACUGUGGCAUAAAUAUGGUUUGGGGGUUUCUAAAGUUUUUUAGAGAGAGUGUUACUAUAUGAACACUGGAUUGUGCGUAUCUUAAAAUGUGUUAAGACAAGUAAGAUUUGUGUCCCCAUUGAUUAAAGCAUUUCCUUACACUUAUUCAGCACUAGAUAUCUAUCAUGAAACUUAUGUAAAGAAUCUGCCAGAAUGAUGGAAGAUUCAAGUUGUCUUCAUUGGUGAUACAAAACAACCCACCACAAGAGCUCCACUCCGAUUCUAAAGUGUUCCCCAUGCCUCCAGUUCCAGCUUACAGAAGCGUUUCUAAUUCUGCUUAGUUGGUUAUCUGCAUGUAUGCUUACAGUUUGUACAGAAAUGCACUAAAAAUGAGUUGCCCGACCCGGGAAGGCUUUAUAUUGUAUAGAAAAUGUGGCACUAGGUACUGCUCUUCAUGUGCACAGGAGAGUUAACAGGUGUCGAUCUCGUUUACAGAAAUGAUGGAGCUUUGCAAUUUUCUAUAAUACAUUGCAAUAUAUUUAAAUGUCCUGUUUGACAUGUGAAAUGAAAUUAAGUUAAUGCAUUGUUAUGUAUUUGAGUAUGAGGAAGACGAUUCACUAACAACCAGCAAGGUUUUUAGAAGGUGUCCAGUAUGUAGCAGUCUGUGUGAUCUGUCUGGUGUAUGUGAAGUUGUUAAAGGAAGCAACACUAUUAUUAUCGUUUAGAAUUAAGAGUUUUUUACGAGUGAUGCAAUAGCUUACAGUGUCUUUCCUUUGUAGCUGCCCAAUGUGGUGAAGGGGAAGCAAUUCUUGAAAAAGUCCAAGAUAACUGGUUAACUGUGAAUGGGCCUAAUCUUUCGUGCAACCAAGAAACUAUUUGGACACACACACAGGACUUGAAUACUCAAAAGGAUUGGAACUUAGUGUUGUGCCAAAGUUAAACUACUGCAGUUGGCAGAAGUUCUGCACUGUAAAUAGAAGACUGAUUAAAAGACAGCUUGUAAAAGAGAAAAAAAGAUCAAAUUUUAAUACACUACGUUUUUAUUCUGAUACGUGCCGGAAACAUUCUGUUUUAGACCUUUUUUGAAGAGGCUUCAGUGACCACUAGAUUUUGUCCUCUUAUAUUUUGUUUGGCCUAAUACUAUAUGUUCUAGUAAGAUGGGCUUUACUGCCUGUGUUCUUUGAUACGUGAUUAAGCUUAUAGCUUUGAGUGACCAAACAUUUUACAGAGUAAAAGUUCUUAGAAACAGUAUAAUGUAACUGAUAUUUCUGUGUCUUAUUUAUCAGGCUCUGCACAAACUUGGGAAGUUGUGCUGGACUUGUACAACUUACACGUGGGAACGCAGCAUACUGCUUGGUAUUACAGACCUAAGCCUUCGAGGCAGUACGGAUCUUGUCUUUGGAUUUAUUUUUGUUAUUCUUUUGAGGCAAAGAGAUGAACGGAUGCUGCUGUAAAAUAUUUGUAAUAUUGCCAUUAUUGCUUUCUGUAGCAAUUACUGCUUUUGUUUCAACAGAUAAAGAAAAUAAAUCAGAGAUAGAUAGAAAAAUCCCAACAGAAGCUGGUAGAAGAAAGGAUCACGUGGGAACUUCUGAAAAUAAACUUUGUACCAAAAAAUUUGAAAACAGAAAGAAUGGAAUAAAUGUCUCCUUACUGAC